AGAAAAAUGGUCAAGGGUUCUGGCUUUCACAUGGAUCUUCUCAUCCUGGUGAGCAUGGGAGGUCUGAGUGCCAUUUUUGGCAUUCCUUGGUUAAGUGCCGCAACUGUACGAUCUGUAUCUCACGCCAAUGCCCUGACUGUCAUGAGCAAAGGCCCAAAACCAGAGAUUGAGAAGGUUCUGGAACAGAGAGUCAGUGGAGUAGUGGUGGCUUUGCUUGUUGGUCUGUCCAUUCUCAUGGAGCCCAUUCUAAAAAUGAUUCCUAUUACAGCUCUCUUUGGAAUCUUCCUCUACAUGGGAAUCACAUCCCUCAGUGGGAUUCAGCUUUGGGAUCGAAUCCUGCUCCUCCUUAUUCCCAAAAAGUAUCACCCCAAUGAACCCUAUGCUACAAAAGUCAGCACCAGUAGGAUGCAUGUGUUCACUGCGAUCCAGAUCGUGUGUCUGGCAAUCCUGUGGAUGGUGAAAUCGAGCCCUGUGUCACUGGCUCUGCCGUUCGUCCUGAUCCUCACCAUCCCUCUGCGCAUGUUCAUAACUGGACGACUUUUCACUGAGCAAGAGAUUAAAUAUCUUGACGGUGAUGAUGCCAAGGCAACAUUUGAAGAGGAGCCGGGAGUGGAUGUGUAUUCUGAAACUCAGAUGCCGUUAUAGAUCAUUUUUCUGGAACCAAAUUAAUUUUUCACAAUCAGAGUCAGCAGAAUUAGAGUGCAGCCAGCAUAUGAAAAUUUUGACCAAAUGAUACCCAACUUCAAUCCUAUUUUAAUGCAACUCAUUUUAUUGAUGUGUGUGUGUGUGUGUUGGGAUUCUCUGUUAAUUAUUGUUAUAAUGCUCAUCAUGACAUAUAAGAUCAUGUACAUAUAAGUGCCUUUUAUAAGGUCUUUAAAAUCAGAUAAAUAAAUAAUACAAAUAAAUAAUUUUUAUAAAUACUUUGUCUUGUUGGAGGAGUAGAUUUGCUCUGUCCCUCAUAUAAAGAUGUACCAGUCUAGACAUCAUUGGGUGACUUAAACCUGAAGAAUGCAUUUCCUGAGGAAUGUAUGUAUUUUAUGCUGUCAGAUAGCUCUACAUCAAACAUGUUCAAGCAUUUUUCCUUUCCAUGUUACAGGCAAAUAAGACAAACAGCCAAAGUGACACUUCAUAAAUUUGAAAUAUCUAUCCAUCCAUCUAUCUAUCUAUCUA